AUGACGCCCUUGCCCGGCCACCUCGGCAGGCUGCCAGAAGCUGUCCAGCAGGCCAUGCGGGCAUCGGUGGAGGCCGGCGCGCUGGGCCCGGCGGACCUCGAUCCUUCAGUAAUAGGCGCGCUCGCCGCGCUGCCCGAGGCCGCCGCGUUGAUUUGUGUCAAGCGCUUCCUCGCCGCCGAUUUGACAGAUGUGGGCAACAAGACGGGCUUUCUCGUCGGAAUUAUUGCAAGGCUGCGGCGCGAGACGCCGGCCGCGCUGGCGGGCGGGCCUGCACCGGUCGCCAUCGCCGCGGGCCACGGCGAUUUCAACAAGACGCUCUGGGUGGGCAACCUGCCGUCCGAUGUCAGGGUCGAGCAGCUGCGCGCCGUCUUCGGCUGCAUCGGUACCAUCCGCGAUUUGAGGUUGGCGCAGAACGGCAACAUCGCCUUCGUCGAGUAUGAGAAGGCUGAAGAUGCCGCGGCCGCGCGACAAUUGGACGGCGCGCGGCUCGGCGCGGCGCGCCUCGCGGUGCGGCGCGCCGACCCGCGCCGGUCCGACGCCACCGAGCAGAGCGUCGCGCGCGGCGCCGCCGUCCGCGCGACGGCACGAGUGGUUGCGCCGCUCGUGCCGCGGGAGCGCGCCGCCGCGGUCGGCGGCGUCGCCGGCCCGCGGCAGCUCGCCGCGCUCGCGGCGGUCACGUCGCCCGCCGUGCUCGCCGCGCUCGACGCGCCGGCCGCCGCGGCGCCGCGGCCGGUCGCGGCCGCCACGUGGGGCACGCGCCGCCGCCGGUCGCCGGGCGACGACGACGACGCCUCGCGCUCGCGCUCGCCCCCACGGCGCGUCGGUCACCGCGGGGACAAUGGCAUUCCGUGCCGCUUUUACAACGCGCCCGGCGGCUGCCGCGCCGGCGACGCCUGCGCUUUCGUCCACUUCCGCCGCCGCGCGUCGCCCGCGCGGCGGCGGAGCCCCUCGCCGGACCGGCGCCGCCCGUGGCGCCGCGACGACGACGACCGCCGGCGCCCGCCGCCGCCCCGCUCGCGGUCGCCGCGCCGCUUCCGGCCCCCGAGCCGCGACCGGAGCCGCGAGUAUCGCUCCGCGCGAUCGCCGCCGCCACGCCGCCGCAGUCCGUCGCCAUUGCGCGGCCGCUCGCCGGUGUACCGGCGGCCAGGGCGCUGAAGUUGUGGUGUGUUUCCUUGUGAUAGACCUAAGAUAUCUCAUGUACCAAGGUGCGAGAUUAUUCUGCUCCGGGCCCCCACGUUAUACAAAGAAGAGCCAAACCGAGCUAGCGUAUAUCGACAUACUAGCAAAUUCAAAGAUACGCUGCGAUAGCGUCAAAAGAAUGACCCAAAUUCAGAAUAUAUCCUUGUCGUUCGCCGCGCCCAAAUACUUCAGAGUAGCGGCCCGGGAACAUACCCUCGCGCCUCCCGGAAGGCACCGCCCGCGACAUUCGCGGAUGAGUCUUACGAGUUUCCAAAGUAGACCAGCGAUUGACGCCGCCAUCUACCGUCUAAAUGGUACAUCAUAUCAACUCCAGCCCAGUUUUCAUACAUGAUAGACGGAACCGGAGCCGACUGCGCGCGCUCGGAGGGCGGGAAAAGAAUUCUACUAGACAACUCCCGAGUUUAUGUUCGUUUUUAUCCGUUUGUUAGUGGUAGAUUCCAUUUAGGCCGCCUGAACGCGCACUCAUCUAUUUAAGAUGCUCCGUUAGAGCCUCGCGAUUCGUCGUCUUCGCGACCCCACGUUUCCCCUAUUCUGGCACAGACUCCAGAUCUGCGAGUAUCAGCGACGUCACUACCCAGAUGGACCAUAACGCCGUUGUUCUAUUCACAAUCGACCGACUUGCCCGUUCUCCGCGGACGACGGUGCGGAGACGGAGCACCAGAAAGGCCCCAGAUCGGUAAGUUAUAAAAUAAAAUUUCGUUUCAGGCGCUUCGGUUAUGGGACGGGCCAGCUAACUGGCCUGAGCGUGUACUACAUUACAUAUUUCGUUCCGGAAGCUCCCGGCGGCUCGUCCACCGCGGGACUCCAUUAUCUCGCCAAUUUGGACUUAAUACAUGAACCUGCCACUAUCAGCCCGUGUACCUUCACCAUGGACCAUGAAGCGAUCAUUUGUUUCAUGACCGACCGACUUGCGCGAGCUCCAGAUCAAGAUGUUCACGUCCCGAGCGUGGGCAGCCAAAAGUACCCUUCUCGCGGUGUAGAUGUCAUAUAUUUGUAAUUGACUAUCGCUGGGGUAGUAUGGGGUCCGACGAGACCGCUACGGCGACUACUGGGGGGCCUCGGGUAAUUGACGUUUUUGACGGGAACGGGGCGCCAUCGGGUCCAACUUGCACACUUUUUUCGGAUGUAGAUCGGCUCCUGGCGGUCUCUCGGGGUAGGUCUGGUAGUGGGUAGUCGCCUGUACCGCAUACGCCAUCGAUGCGGCGGCCUAGUGCUCUCGGAGAGCUCUGGAAGCAAACCUUGGGGACUUGUGCUCUGGCCCGAUGUCUGGCUGAGAGAAAUCGGCCAAAAAUGCUUGAAGCGGUGGCGUAUGCGGCGUAGGCGCUUGCACGUGUAUAAUACCGACCCUAGGCGACCCCAGGGAGACCUGUUUGGCAGGGAUUGACAGGAUUAAACCGGCGUGGCUGGCAUGUGGCCUCGUCGCCUCCGCACCGCGAAUUAAAAAAUUUCCUUUUUCGAGCGCCAAUACGUGUCCCAUUGAUCUCUUUGGACUAUUAGCGAACUGAAGGAUACUCGAACGACGGCAUGCGCGUUCCGAGUUUGCUUGCUAGUGUCUUACUUGCCGCUAGCUGAGGUUUUCACAAAAUAUAAUGCUAGACGCGUGCCGGCGAUUUACUGCACGGCAGCGCUCGGCAAAUAGAGGCGUCAGAGCCGCGUUUAAGGCUGACGACGUCAACGCUCGCCUGGAGCACUCGUGUGGCUUGCUGCCAUCAUCAGGUGCCACCAGCCGUGCAAAAAGCUGCCGCAUGCGAACAGCAAGGCUCGUCGCGUGCUGGUGCGCCCUCGCGCCGGCCGUGGCGCAGACGUUCCGCGGGCUCGACGACGCCGAGCUCGCCCGGCGCGCCGAGAAGGCCCGCAUGCGCCCGGGCUACGGCGACCUCGCCGCGGCCCUCGCCACGGAGCAGGCGAGCCGUAGGAAUGGCAACACGGGCUCCGUGGCGCUCUGGGCUUUGGGACGAUGCGCGACGGGCACGUUCGCGGACUCGUUGAAAGCCGCCGGCAACUUCAGUUAUUGCCGCGGCCGCAAGGAGGGCUUCGCGCUCGGCGGCCUCUCGGCGGCCGCGCUGCGCGCGUGCGUCGGCAAAGCCAAACGGAGGAGCAAGGCGGCGCUGACGCACAUCAAGCCGCAGCACCUCGGCGGGCCGCUCGCGAGCCUCUCCACUCCGGCCGCGCUCGCGGACGCGCUGGCGGCGGCGGGCUUCAACACAGUUAUAGUUAUUGAGCGCCAGAACCACCUCGCGCGCCUCGUGUCCAGCUUCGAGAACCGCGUGCGCCUGUGUGGAAAUCACCAGUGAGUUAGGCUAUCGUGGACCUUCGUGAACCUAUUGGGGCGCCCGAAAUUUGAUUUCCACACAGGCGUGCGCGAGUGGCGCGCGGCGACGGACGACGAGUUCGCGGGAAGGGCACGGCCGCGCGUCGCGCGGCGGGCGGCGGCCUUCUUCGCGGACCCGCUCCGCACGAUCGAGUGGGAGGCGGCAACACUUAAAGCGGGCGUGGACGCCAUGCGUGCAAACGGGAUGACCGUCCUCGAGCUCGACUUUGACGAGGACGUCAUCGCCCACCCCUGCGGCGCCGUGGCCCGCGCGUGGGCCGCGGCCGCGCCUUCCGCGCCGCCGCCGCCCUGCGAGGCGCGCCACAGCCACCGCGCGGCGUCGCGGCGGCACGCGGACCUCGCCGGCCGCGUCGGGCCCGCCGCGGCCGCCGCCAUCGCGGCGGCGCUGCGGCCGACGCCCUACGCCUGGAUGCUCGACCUCGACGCGCGCGCGUGGCCGAGCGGGGUCCCACGGCCGACGCCCGUCGCGCACCCGGCCGGCCCGCGCACGCGUGCCGCGGCGCGCGAGGGGUUUGCGCGCGGCGGCGUCGUUAUGUGA